CCGUGUCCGUUCGGGUUUUUUCGGAGGUCGAGCCGAAGCCGAACGCACCUCGCGUCUGUUCACGGAAACAACUUUUCCGUCGGUGUUUUUUUUUUUUUUUUUUUUUAAAUCCCCCGUCGUCCUCAGCUGUGUGUCCGACAUGAGAUCAGGUGGAUAGAGGGACGUCCACGGUCUGAUGCUCGGCUGCGACCUCCUCAGCUGCCAUCAUGUUCACCAAGAAGAAAAAGUCUCGCAUCCAGAUAUCGGCUCCAUCUAACUUUGAGCAUCGCGUUCACACGGACUUCGACGAGCAGGAGCAGAAGUUUGUGGGGUUGCCGCGGCAAUGGCAGUCGCUGAUCGAAGACACGGCGAAGAGGCCCAAGCCCUUCAUCGACGCCACCGUUAUCACUACUGUAGAACCACGAAAGACCAUCGUGCGUGGCAGUAAACUGGGCGUGGACGGAUCUCUGACAUGGCUGCUGGACGAGUUCGACACCAUGUCCGUGACUCGGUCCAACUCCCUGAGACGAGGCAGCCCCCCCAUACAGCCUCGCAGGGACUCGGCUUCUUCAGGAGGGGGGGGCCAGGAGAACGGAGACCAUCACCACAGACACUACUCACACCCCGACAGACCUGACAGAGAUCGACCCAGAUCAGACCACCAGAGCGGAGGUGACCGCCAGGGUCAGCACGGGGCCCGUCCUCCUCAGAGGGAUGAUGGGGUCCAGGGUCGGCCUCAGCAGCAGCCCCGGGGCCAGGAGCCCAGCAGGGCCCAUAGGGACAGACCGGGUUCCGGACCCCCGCCCCCCCCUCACAGAGACAGAGAACACAGAGACCGGAACCAGGACCAGACAGGACGCAGGGACCAACCUGGUGACCAAAGGCCCAAGUCCAGCUACGUGGGACGGGAUGGCAGCCCUCAGUCUCCCAGGGACAAGAGGCCCCUGUCUGGACCCAAUAUCCGCACCCCGAACCUGCCGGUGACGGAGGGGGUGUUGAAGACCGCCCAGCAGACCACCCGGCCCUUUAACACCUACCCCAGGACGGACAGCGAGGGGGGACGCAGCCCCACGGGACAGCCCGUCCGCCACCAUGAAUCGUCCCCUCAGAACGGCCCCUCCAGCGGCUCCACCCGAGGGUCCUCCAAGCCCCCCAUCAGCCACCCACAUCCUCACCACACCUCCCACCCCAGCCUGACACCGGAGGGCACGCAGCACCCGCACACCCCUCACCCCAACAUCCCAGCCCCGCGGCCCCCCGUGCCCUCCGGUCCUCCGGCGCCGGGGGCCCCGCCUCAGGCCCGCUCCCCGCAGAGGGAACCCCAGAGGGUUUCACAUGAGCAGUUCAGGGCAGCGCUACAGAUGGUGGUGGACCCUGGAGACCCCCGGACCUACCUGGACCACUACAUUAAAAUAGGGGAGGGGUCCACAGGGAUCGUGUGCAUCGCUACGGUGAAGACCACGGGAAAACUGGUCGCUGUGAAGAAGAUGGACCUGAGGAAGCAGCAGCGUAGAGAACUGCUCUUCAAUGAGGUGGUCAUCAUGCGGGACUAUCACCAUGAGAACGUGGUGGAGAUGUACAACAGCUACCUGGUGGGAGAUGAGCUCUGGGUUGUCAUGGAGUUCCUGGAGGGCGGGGCUCUCACUGACAUUGUGACACACACCAGGAUGAACGAGGAGCAGAUCGCCACGGUGUGUCUGUCUGUCCUCAAGGCGCUGUCUGUCCUUCACACACAGGGCGUCAUCCACAGAGACAUCAAGAGCGACUCCAUCCUCCUCACCCACGACGGACGGGUGAAGCUGUCAGACUUCGGGUUCUGCGCCCAGGUGUCUAAAGAAGUCCAGAGGAGGAAGUCUCUGGUCGGAACGCCGUACUGGAUGGCGCCGGAGCUCAUAUCCAGACUCCCGUACGGACCGGAGGUGGACAUCUGGUCUCUGGGGGUCAUGGUCAUAGAGAUGGUGGAUGGAGAGCCGCCGUACUUCAACGAACCACCGCUCAAAGCCAUGAAAAUGAUCCGAGACAACCUGCCACCGAAACUGAAGAACCUGCACAAGGUCUCCCCUCUGCUCAAGGGCUUCCUGGACCGGAUGCUGGUUCGAGACCCGGCUCAGAGGGCGACGGCUAGCGAGCUCCUCAAACACCCCUUCCUGACCAAGGCCGGCCCCCCGUCCUGCAUCGUCCCCCUGAUGAGGCAGAACCGGAUGAAAUGAAACACUAAGACCCCCCCCACUACCACCUCCGCCCCCCCUGGAGGACGCCAUGUGCAGGUUCAAAUGGAAGAGAAUACUCCUGCACACGGGGGGACGGCCCACAGAGGUCAAAGGUCGCGGCGGUCGGGACGAGGUGUGCAGGAGUAUUCUGUUUUUCUGUGAAUCCGUGACCUGUGGGAGUGAAUCCCCUGAAUCAGAGGCAAUAAGGCUGAGUGCGUUUGCGUGAAUGAACAUGUGAUUUGACGGCGUUUGACAGUUGAUUCAAGUGAGAUCCUUCACCUCGAGUCGUUUAAGCAGAGGAGAACUCGCCCGUUGAGUGAUUUUUAUCUUUAUUUUUCUUCUUGUAAACUUCUUCUUUUAACUGAAGGGCCUGACCUGGAAAGAUUGAGGAUUGUGUCUGACUGAUUUAUUGUUGUUUUUUUUGUUUUUUGUUUUUUUUUAUUCGCCCACUCGGACCUGACCAGGAGGUGAAGCGUGGACGUCGGGGCUUUUGCACACAUCACAAUCAGAUUCUUUGAAGGAACCGCGAUGGCUGAUUUCAGAGACAGUUAAGAGUGAAACUGGAUUCGUCCCAGGACGUAGACGGAUCCCAGACCAACACGCCCAUUCUCAUCACACCAGAACUUACUACUGAGCGAGGAGUUCCACAGACUCGAUUUCGUAGCCGCAUAAACACUAGCUUCCUGUUGUAAACAAAACACACUAAGUCAAAGGUAAACACUGGAGUUGAGGUUUUUUUAACAGAUGAAUUUUCCUUUUAUUUCCUCCUUUUCCUGUGUAAGUACAAUGAACAUAGAGAGAUAUAUCAGUUUUGAUGUUUUGCUUUCUCUAUUUUGUGAUUGUAUUUUUAUUAUUAUAUGAUUUUGUUUUAUUUUAGAAUGAGAUGUGAUUUUUUGUUUGUUUGUUUUUUGCCAAGCACUGUCAACAAGAGAUAGAAGCUGCACUCUUUCAGCGAGCAGGUCAUAGACACUAGAUGUUUUAAUGUUUUUAAGAUCAGACCAGACAGGACUUCUGCAGCGUCACGAAGCAGGAACGAUUUUACAACAAAAAAAAAGUAGGAGAGAGGAUGAGGAUGUUCUGUUUUACCAUUUCUUUUCUUAUUUGUCUUUUAUACACUGUGUUUUACUUUUGUGUUUUAAGAAGCAGGCCUUUUCUUUACCUUUUUAAAGGUUCAAUAUGUUACAUUUAUCUGUGGAGUUUGUGUUGGAGUCUUCGAAAUGGCAUUUUCCUCGUUGAUAUUCCAAAUUAGAUGAUUUUACGAUUGAGAUUUAAAUAUGCAGAUGUUCUAUUUUUAGGAUUCAUCUUUGGACAUUUCUACAAGGCAUUCAUGUCUCAGUUUAGUAGAGAUAAAGGUCCUUUCUGGUAAAGAUGGACACUCAUUUCUGGUCAGAAGGAGCACAAAUACCUUCAGACAUCAUGAAACGUUUUGAUAUCAGAUAAGUGUUUGAAGGAAUAAAAGAGGAAGGAUUCAUUCACUAUGAGAGAAAAACACAGCUGCAUAGAAACAGGAAUAUUAGUGAAUAUUCCUUUUAAUUUUUCAUGUAAACAGAUUAGAAUAAGGGUAAAAACUGGAAGAUUUUUGUGCCUAAAUACU